AUGACUCAAUUGAAAAAACCAAACUUCAUUGUCAUUGUAGCCGACGAUUUGGGUUUCACUGAUACUUCUCCAUUUGGUGGAGAAAUCGACACUCCCAAUUUAGACAGGUUAGCUAAGAAUGGACUCAGAUUCACUGAUUUUCAUACGGCUUCUGCAUGUUCUCCGACAAGAUCGAUGCUUCUCUCAGGAACAGACAACCACAUUGCCGGGUUGGGGCAGAUGGCGGAAUUUGCAAGAAGAAUUCCAGAAAGAUUUGCUGGAAAACCAGGUUACGAAGGCUACUUGAACUUCAGAGUGGCUGCACUUCCUGAAAUUUUACAGGAUGCUGGUUAUUACAAUUUUCUUAGUGGAAAGUGGCAUUUGGGAUUCACCGAAGAGUACUGGCCAUCUAAGAGAGGCUUUGAGAAGACCUUUACUUUGUUGCCUGGAGCUGGUAACCACUAUAAGUACUUUCCUCUUGAUGAAAAGACAGGAGACACCAUUCAGUUUAUGAAGCCACUCUUCGAGGAAAAUGGCAAAUCCUUGAAUCCUUUUGACUUGCCUGACGAUUACUAUAGCACCAAUUACUUUACCAACAAGUUCCUCGAGUACUUGCAAGAUGAUUCGCGUGAUGGAAGACCAUUCUUUGGUUUCUUGACGUACACCGCUCCACAUUGGCCCUUCCAGGCACAUGAAGAAGUUAUAGCCAAGUACAAGGGCAAAUAUGACAACGGACCAGCCAAGUUGAGACAGCAGAGAUUGGCUAAUGCAGUUAAGAAAGGACUUAUCCCAGAUGGAGUGACUCCUCACAAGGUGGAGACGCAGAGAGAGAAGAUCUGGGCAGAUUUGACAGAAGAGGAAAAGAGAAUCGAAGCGAGGAUCAUGGAAAUUUAUGCAGCUAUGGUGGACAUUUUGGAUCAGAAUAUUGGACGAGUGCUUGACCAAUUGGAAAAGGAUAACGAGUUGGAAAACACCUUUAUUCUUUUCAUGUCUGAUAAUGGUGCCGAGGGCAUGAUGAUGGAAGCAUUGCCACUCACCAAUGAAAAUUUCGAAACAAAUAUCGAAAAGUACUAUGAUAACACAUUCUCUAAUAUUGGAAAAGCAAACAGUUUUGUGUGGUAUUCCGACCAAUGGGCUCAGGCUGCUACCGCUCCAGCAUACAUGUACAAGAUGUGGGCAAGUGAAGGAGGUAUCCGAUGUCCUCUUAUUGUCCAUUAUCCACAGUUGAUCAAAGAUAGAGGUUCCGUCAGACACGGCUUCAACACCGUUAUGGAUAUCUUGCCUACUAUUCUUGAUGUUGCAGGAGUGGCACAUCCUGGUGAGAACUUUAGAGACAGAAAGGUUGUUUUACCAAGAGGUAAGUCGUGGAAGAAGUAUUUGGCGGGAGAUGCCGAAUACGUUCACGAUGAGGAAACCGUGACAGGAUGGGAGCUUUUCGCCCAGCAGGCGAUCCGUAAAGGAAAGUACAAGGCACUUUACAUUCCUAAGCCUAUGGGACCAGACAAGUGGCAGCUUUUCAACCUUGAGAAAGAUCCUGGUGAGACAACAGAUAUUUCAGUGGAGGAUCCGGACAGAUUAAAGCAGAUGGUGGAUUACUGGGCCGAAUACGUAGCAGAAACGGGACUUGUCGAGUGUGCUGAUGUGUUUUACAAGCAUAUGGAUGCAGAGUACAAUCCUAUUGUGAUUGAGGAUUAA